GCUGUGGUCAGGCUCGUCUCUUUGAUGUCUUUAGAUGUCCUGAAUUUCAGGGAUGGAAGGAACUAGGCUUGUAAUCCCCCUUUACAGAGCCGUGAGUCAUCCAGCUGCCAUCCAAAAUAAAUGUGUAUAUGUGCAGCAUUUAACUGGCCAAGGCUUUGCUUUUACUGUGGAGAACUUCUUUCUGAUGGUUGUGUCUCCUGUGCUCCUGGAAGCUUCAGUGGUGUCACCCAGAAGAAUAAAGGAAGAGAAACAUGAGGAUCUUGGAAAUCUUUGCUAUUCUGCUGAUACUCAAAGAAGUGAGGCCUCAGACAAAGCGUUCCCAUAAAGUGAAUAUGAAAACUCCUUUCCAGAAGAGGAAAAACCAUCAUCUAAAUACAGACAGUCGUGCCACAUUGAUGUCCCCUGCUGAUCUGCAUUCAGUAGAACAUUCAAUAGUCCAGAUCCGGGACCCUACAUUAAUCCCCCAUUAUGACCAGAAGUCACAAGAAGACAUGAAGCUUCACUUCCUAAAAAACACCUUGGUGACUUGCAAUGAUGGGACGACAGCAGGAUAUUAUUUAAGAGAGACCAAAGGAAGCAAACGAUGGAUCAUAUUUUUGGAAGGAGGGUGGUGUUGCUACAGCAAAGAGACCUGUGGUGUCCGAUAUGACAAUGUCAAGCGACUGAUGAGCUCAUCUAAUUGGCCACAGACAAGAAAAGGUACUGGGAUAUUAUCCCCCAGACAAGAUGAAAACCCUUACUGGUGGAAUGUAAAUGCAGUGUUUGUGCCAUAUUGCUCAAGUGAUGUAUGGAGCGGAAAUGUAUCCAAAACUCAGGAUGGAUAUGCAUUCAUGGGAUCGGUGAUUAUUCAGGAAGUGAUUCGAGAUUUAGUGCCAAGGGGCAUGAAACAAGCAAAAUCUGUUAUUCUGGCUGGAUCUAGUGCUGGAGGUACAGGGGUGCUCAUCAAUAUUGACCGAGUGGCUGCCCUUGUCGAAGAAACAACAUCUGAAUCUGUUCAGGUUCGAGGCCUGGUUGAUUCUGGAUGGUUCCUUGACUCGAGACACUCAAAGCAAUCAGACUGCCUGGAUAUCUCAAAGUGUGCGCUGACUGAAGCUAUAAAGAAAGGUCUUAAGCUUUGGAAUGGGAUCCUGCCAGAGAACUGUAAACAACAGUUUAAGAAGGGGGAUGAAUGGAGGUGUUUCUAUGGUCCAAGGCUAUUCACAUCCAUGAAGUCUCCAAUAUUUGUAGUGCAGUGGCUGUAUGAUCAGGAGCAGCUAAGAAUAGAGAACAUCCAGACAGAAUUCCAGUCCAUGACGGAGAAUCAGUGGAACAGCAUUCAGAACAUUGGACGCGAGUUUAAGAAAUCGCUCCGUGAAGUUCCGGCUGUGUUCGCCCCAGCGUGCCUCUCCCACACACUCAUUACGAAAAGUAACUGGCUGGAGUUUCAAGUGAAAAGUGUGACUUUAGCCAAAGCUCUGCAUUGUUGGGACAGAAGCCUGCAAGAAAACAGAGCCCCCAAAGGAGUAAUCCGCGGCUGUCCCUUUCAUUUGGUUGAUAACUGCCAGUGGCCGCACUGCAACCCCACAUGCCCAGCCAUUUAUGAUGCCACAUCUGGCCAGGAAUUGAGCAUACUGCAGAUGUUCCUCAAACUGCGCCUAGAAAGUCAAAGGAGGGGACAGGAGCCCAAAGGAGAUCUGGGUCCACUCAUGUCAAUGUUGAGAAAUUCUGGCUAACAAUAGAAAUCUGAACUAACAGGUCACUACCUCCAACAAGCAGCCCCAAUAGACAGCAAAUGUUUUCUGAACUAAAUGUCUUUAGUAACGUAUAAUGUAUUUGUUAUGACUCUAAGAUGAACCUAAGUUAAGUACUCAGCUUAAAAAGGAAAUUGUCCACAAGCAGAUAAAAAGAGUCUUCUUUUUAAUAUUGUGCAGCAUGUGACUCGACCUUAAUUUUGCUGUGCUUACUUGCAGAUUUCUUCUUAUUAAUCUUCCCCUCAAAUGAAUAAGUCAUGUGUUUGACAGGCCAGCCGGUAUUUAUUUUAAAGGAAAGAUAUUCCUCCCCUUUUUGACAUGAGUUCAUUCAGUUGUAGAAAAGGUGCAUAAAACUAUCUGAACUUCUAGAGAUAAAUAUAAUUGUAUUUUUUUACCUAGACAUACCUGAUUCCACUGGUUGAAAAGAAACCAUGUUAGUCUAUCUGUGCUCGCAGGGACCAGUUUCCCAUUCCCUUUAAUGUCACAACUCCAACCUUAUUGUGUUCCAUUGUGAAGUGAUGGAUUCUGUGAAUUGAAAUCCCUGGAACUUUCAAGUCCCAAAAACCAUCACUUCUCAAUGGAACAAGGCAACAGUAGGGUUGCAUUACAAGCCCAAGGGGGGUUGGUAAUGGUUUGUACGAGUCGGAAAUAAAUUAUCAUGGUGUAGUGCUAAGGGCACUAUUAAGUUCAGAAAUUGCAAGUGAACUGCUUUACUAAAGAAAAUGGCUAUCAUAAAACAAUCCUAAAUAAUACACACAUUACUAAGUCUAUUACAGUGAAUUAAACCGUUAAACACUUAAUACUCAGCUUCGUUAAGGGCUAGUCCACACGGGGAGAUA